AUGACCGGGUUAGGAAUUCAAAACGAAAAUGAUAUUCCCAGUUUAACAAAAAGUAAUAAAGAAAAACUUGAUGUAAGUCCUAAAUUACAAACAUCUGCUAAAAGAGGACCAUCCACCCCGUUAUCUCCUGCAAGACACCAGAAUAUCAUUCGAAGGAAACUCAGUCCAAAAGAUACAAAAGUGUCUAGUAGUGAAAAAUUAUUAGAUUUUGAAUAUACUAAAUCAGAAUUAAUCGAUUCAAAAUAUCAAAAUUGGUUAUUGGGUCAGUUUUUGAAUAACCAAAAAGAUAUUAUUAAAUUUUUGGAAUUAGAAAGAAAUUUUUCUAACUGA